UCAAACUUUUUGACAUAAGUGGAUGGAAAACAAUAACACCAGGUAGAAGCGACGGGAGACAUCUUUCGCGCUUUCUCUACAAGGAAAUCUUCUAUUUGCAGAGGAUAACAAUGGAAGAAGCUGUUCAGAGGAAAACAACCAAUGGAAAAGCACUGGGGAAUAAAACGAAAGAAACUAAUAACAGUGGCGUCAAAGUGCCAUCAUACAGUCAUCUGAGCUCACUUGUGAAGAAAGUGGUUGAAGAGAGCUCUUGGUGGGAGAAACAUGGUGUUGAUCUAGCAUUAAUGGUCUGCACAAUAGCAGCCACACCUGCGGCCUUUCUUCUUAUGGGGCAUGGAUCAACCAUUGGCUUCAUUGCAGGAUUUCUUCUGCUUGGUUACGUUCAUGGGGCAACAGGGGUGAAGUUUGGUCACUGUGCUAUCCAUGACUCCCUCGUGGGGACCUCCAAGUUCUGGAAUCGAGUUAUGAGCAUUUUAUUUGUGGAGUUUUGGGGCGGAUUUACUGAUGUUGGAGGUCGUGAAGCGCAUAUUCAAAUGCAUCAUCCUUACACUAACAUCAUUGGGCUAGGUGACUCAAGCGUUUGGAAAGUCCCCAUUCUUGGAAGGGUCUCUUAUCUGUUUAUUGGUCCCAUUUUUCUGCCGUUGAUUUAUCCUCUUGUUGCUAUAAACCUCCUUGGUCCACGUCCACUAGAAAUCCUCAGGUUAUUGGUUGUCAUUGGUCUGGGCUACUGGUUUCAGAUAUGGCUUUUCAUGAAUGUGUCUGGUUUGACUUUUGGUGCAGCGCUUCUGUGUAUGUUUCUUGUGCGCUCCAUCUAUGCCAUACCAUACAUUCAUGUGAACAUCUUUCAACACAUUGGUUUGGCAAUGUUUGACCCCAAAAAUAAGCCCAAGAGUCGAUUGUUUCAAAUGUCAAAUGGGGUAUUAAAUCUUCCCCGGAUCCCCCUCCUUGACUACACCUUCGGACAUGGGUUGAUAAGUUGUCAUGUUGAACAUCACCUGUUUCCACGUCUAUCUGACAACAUGUGCCUAAAGAUAAAACCAGUGGUUUCUAGUUAUCUCCGAGAUCAUGGCCUUCCUUACAACGAAGACACAUACAUGGACAGACUCAAGAUGUUUUAUAAUAGGUAUGAUGAGCUGAUGGUGAAUGCUCCAAAAAUCACUGAAUUGGUGGGAAUUCAGUAAAUGGAGAAGACUUUGCUGACUCACCUGUUAGCCUUCAGUUUUAGGAAAUUAGUGGUAAAUUUGCUCAUUUUAUUGAAACAAGUCCCGAAUUGAUUAUCUGCCCUAGUGGACAAAAAAUAUUUUGCUUUAAAGCAAGUUAGUUCUAAUUGGUGUAGAUAGUUAUCCUGUAUUUAUGAUCCUAAUUUUUUUAGUGACAUGCUUCCAAUGGUGUUGCGAUUUUAACUUUUUACUGAAUAAGAUUGAAUAAAUUGAAAAUAUUUAAAGAUAGAAAUUACUUGGUGCUUAUUUAUCCCAAUAAAUUAUAAAAAUAAACUAGAAAAUCCU